GAUGUUUAGUGAUAAUCAAAUGGUGCAGAUAAUAAACAAUUGAACUAAUUUCAAAGAAGUAAAAACGUGUCGGUACGGCAGGUAUGCUUGAAUCCGAUCGAGGAUUCAUUUCGGAUCGGUAAAGGAAUAUAAGCCUUUCACUUAAAAUAGUCUGCUCACAUGCGAUAGGAAUUUUUCGUAAGAAAUAUUAACGAAACGGGAGUGUUCGACGAGGUUAUAUACCGAGAAAAUUGGGACAAUGGUUAUUAGGAUUAAAAUCGUGUUGAUAAAUUGUAUUAAUAUACGAUCGUCAAACAAUUGAAGGAGUUAUAUUUUACAGUUUACAUUCUCUCGAGGAGAAAUUGUCUUGGUGAUUUUAUUGAAUUCAUUGAGCGCGUAUGCGGUGCCCUACCCCGUUGCACUAUUUUUACACCUGCACUUUUUAUUUACGCGUAUUUGUUCUGUUGCAUGUUUUAGCCAAAUAUUUUUGGCUAUCUUUAUAGUGGGUUACGUAAUUUUCGACAUGAGUUACUUCGAUACGAUGGCCGAUGAGGAAUUAAAUAAAACUCUAUUGUUUUGCAAGUAGUAAAGCGUCGAUACGUUAGUACGGAUACGCAUUACGCAUCGUAACGUUCAAGGGAAUUGAUUUCUGACGUCGUAACCAACCAAGAACAAUAUUACGAGAAGUUUUCCAUAUUUGACGUUAACAAAAUAGUUGUACAAAUGUUUGCGGCACGAUAGUGAAAACAAAAUUAAUUUUUAACUAGUGAAAGUGGUCUUAUUUAGACAUGCCUAUGGAAGAUUAUUUACUUCAGCAGUUGCGUCAGUGCGUAAUGUGGCAGUACAAAGGCUUAAUAAGUAAUAAUAACAAUGACAGAAGUACUAUCCAAAGAUUGUGGUGAACGGGGAUUGCAUCAGGAAAGAGACAUGUCAGAAUCUUCUCAACAUCAUUAUAGCCAUCCUCCACCAGAUAUUAUGCCUAAAGGUCUUGCUAUCAAUGGCGUAGGGGGUAGGCUACGUCAAUUAGAGGCUCUUUUUAUUAGUGGUCCUGUACAAGGGGGGCAAGUGGGACAUACUUUUUCUAUAGAAACUCUUAUUGAUAUAUUGCUUGUUCUGUAUGAUGAGUGUUGCAAUUCUUCCUUAAGACGUGAGAAGACUGUCUCAGACUUCAUUGAAUUUGUAAAACCAGUAGCUACUUGUAUAAAGAGUCUGCAGUUGGCACGUGAAGAUUUUGAGAUAGUUAAGGUCAUUGGUAGAGGAGCGUUUGGAGAAGUAUGUGUUGUAAGAAUGCGUGGUUCUGAUAAAGUGUUUGCAAUGAAAAUUUUGAAUAAAUGGGAAAUGUUAAAGCGUGCUGAAACUGCAUGUUUUCGAGAAGAAAGAGAUGUACUAGUUUAUGGUGAUCGCAGAUGGAUCACAAAUCUUCAUUAUGCCUUUCAAGAUGACAAUAAUUUGUAUUUGGUCAUGGAUUAUUAUUGUGGUGGAGACCUCUUAACACUGCUAAGUAAAUUUGAAGACCGUCUUCCUGAAGAUAUGGCUCGUUUUUACAUAGCAGAGAUGGUGCUAGCUAUUGGGUCUAUACAUGACUUACGUUAUGUACACCGUGACAUUAAACCUGAUAAUGUUUUAUUGGAUGCAAAUGGCCAUAUCAGAUUAGCUGAUUUUGGCUCCUGUUUGCGUUUAUUUGAGGAUGGUACUGUGCAAAGUAAUGUUGCUGUAGGUACACCAGAUUAUAUUUCACCAGAGAUAUUAAGGGCAAUGGAAGAUGGCCAGGGACAAUAUGGACCUGAAUGUGAUUGGUGGUCAUUGGGAGUAUGUAUGUACGAAAUGCUUUAUGGAGAGACACCUUUUUAUGCUGAAUCUCUAGUCGAGACCUAUGGAAAGAUAAUGAAUCAUAAGAAUUGUUUUGACUUCCCUACAGACGACAUAUAUGAUGUUUCUGAAGAAGCCAAGGAUCUGAUGCGCAAAUUAAUUUGUAGUUCUGAGUUUAGAUUAGGUCAAAAUGGAAUUGAUGAUUUUAAGAAACAUCCAUGGUUUGAUGGUGUGAAUUGGGACACUCUUAGGGACAGUACUGCACCCUACAUUCCUGAAGUUUCUUCGCCAACUGACACAUCGAACUUUGAUGUUGACGAUACGGACGUUCGUAGUUCCGAUGCUGUUCCUCCAGCAGCGAAUUCUGCACUUUCUGCACUUCACCUCCCAUUUGUAGGAUUCAGUUUUACGCAAGGAAGUUGCAUAUCAGAUUUAGGUUGUCUAUCUGCAUUGAAUCAGAAGGAUAAACACGUUCAGAUGCUCGAGGAAGAAAAUUUACAAUUAACACAAACGAUCGAGGAUCUAAAAAAUCAAAUUGCCGCGAAUCAUUCCUCGCCUGGUAUUUCACCUGAUUCCAACAAUGCAACGAGAAAACUGCAAGAUGAAAUAAAUACUCUUACAAAACGGAAUUGUGAAUUAGAGUCACAGUUGAAAUCUAUGGAGAUACCUCGUGAACUGCGUAAUUUAGAUAAUGGCGAUUUAACUAAACUUCGUGAAUUGGAAAAAUUAGUGCGUUCUCUUCGUUCUGAGAAAGAAGAAGCUAUUAAAGAUAAGUUAGAUGCACAAGAGAAAUUAAAACUUCAAGAUAAAGAAUUAAAGGAUGCUUUAACGCAACGUAAACUCGCGAUGGCAGAAUAUACAGAGGUGACAGAUAAAUUAUCUGAAUUAAGACAACAGAAACAAAAGUUAUCCAGACAAGUCAGGGACAAAGAAGAAGAAUUGGAAGUUGUGAUGCAAAAAAUUGACAGUUUAAGACACGAUAUAAGGAAAGCUGAAAAAUUACGUAGAGAAUUGGAAAACAGAGUAGAGGAAGCAAUGGCAGAAACUAGGAAAGAGAGAAAACUUCGAGAACGUAGCGAGGAAUAUUGUAGACAAAUGCAAGAGGAAACGGAAAAGAUCAGACAACGUUCUAUGGGAAAUGAUGCGAGUGCCAAUCAGGCUUUAGCUACUCAAGAAAUUAACAGACUCAAGGCAGAGGUAGAGAAACUUGAAGUUCAAUACAAUGAAAAUUUGAAUCAGCAGCAAAGUAGAUUCAAUCUCGAAAUAAGAAGUCUUCAAGAACAAUUGCACGAAGGAGAGACAAGAAGAGAAUUGUUGGAACGAGAGGUUCAACUUACCAAGGAGAAAUUAGAUGCGGCAAGAUUAGAAAAUAUUACGGACAGCGAGGAGACGAUAAACGAAUUGAAUAGAAGACACGAGAGAGAAAAAAUUAUGCUAGUCGAAGAAAAUAAGAAGCUUUUGCUUGAGCUUAGCACUGUAACUGAUAGUGUUAAUAGAAUACAAGGUGAAAGAAGGCAAUUAGAGGAAGAAUAUGAAGAAUUACGAAACAAAAAGGAAGCUAUAGCUCAAUGGGAAGCUCAAAUUACUGAGAUUAUCCAAUGGGUUUCAGAUGAGAAAGAUGCUAGAGGAUAUUUACAGGCUUUGGCGACAAAAAUGACGGAGGAAUUGGAAUUUUUGAAACAUUCUGGCGGUGUAACGGGAGUAGGAGGUGGUUCUACUAUGGCGGACAAGAAUUGGCGUAAUCGUAGAUCACAAAAACUUGAUAAAAUGGAACUAUUAAAUUUACAGAGCUCUUUGCAGAGUGAAAUUCAAGCAAAACAAGCGAUUUCUGAAGAAUUAACAAAAACCCGAUCGGAAUUAAUUGCUGUGCAAAAAGAGUUAAAAGACUUUAGACAAAGAUUCGAUUCGAUGUCCCAUGAAAUGAAGCGGAAAGAAAUGCAGAUUAAAGAAUUACAAACGCGGCUUGAUACUGGCGAUGGCUCUGUGCUAUCCAGCAAUACGUCAAGCAAAUCGUCAAACAUCGUUAGCACCAAACCCCAACGCAUCAUCGUGCACCAGCCGUCAUCACCCCUACCAGUAAUGCGUGCUCCCCGCAUCACAACAUGUCGCUUAUUAACUAGAUUCGUUCCCGUCAACACGUACAUCAGUCAGAAUGCCGUUACCAUCGUUCCGCCGCCCGUUUUAGAACGUCCUACAUCACAAAUGUCUUACUUGGAACACUUUUUGAAAGAAACAGCAAGUAGUACUCGUCAUGGCAGUGCAGAUAGUGUAGAAGGUGACAUAGAAGACAACCGUGCCCCAAGUAUUACUAGUAGUAAAAGUAAUUUAUCUGAAUUUAGCAUUGAUCCUACAUCACCAUUGUCACAUGAACUUUUAAAUAAAUCAUCGACUUCUCAUGGUCAAGUUAAUUUACAACCAAAGCCUAAAUCUCACCAAUUUCUGGUGAGAACAUUCUCAGCUCCCACUAAAUGUAAUCAUUGUACUUCAUUGAUGGUUGGUUUAACGAGACAGGGAGUUGUAUGCGAAGUCUGUGGCUUUGCUUGUCAUAUGCCUUGUUGUGAUAAAGUUCCGCCGAUGUGUCCCGUUCCUCAUGAUCAAACAAAGCGUCCACUGGGUAUCGAUCCUACUAGAGGAAUUGGUACUGCGUAUGAAGGAUAUGUUAAAGUGCCAAAAAUGGGAGGAGUAAAAAAAGGUUGGGUGCGGCAAUUUGUGGUAGUCUGCGAUUUUAAGUUAUUUCUGUAUGAUAUUUCACCCGAUCGCAAUGCUUUGCCGUCUGUAUAUGUAUCGCAAGUUCUGGAUAUGCGAGACGAAGAAUUUAGUGUUAGUUCUGUUCGUGAUUCAGAUGUUAUACAUGCCACAAAAAAAGAUAUUCCGUGUAUAUUCAGAAUUACAACAUCAUUAUUAGAACCACCUGGAUUGAAAAAUCAUACGCUGAUGCUUGCAGACACUGAAAGUGAAAAAACGAAAUGGGUAGUAGCGUUAAGUGAGCUUCAUAGAAUCUUGAAAAGGAACAAUCUUCCCAAUACGACGAUUUUUAGAGCGAAAGAAUUAUUAGAUAAUACAUUAUCUCUUAUUAAGAAUGUAAUGUCAGGAGCCAUCAUUGAUCCAGAUCGUCUAGUCAUUGGCACAGAGGAAGGUCUCUUCUGUUUAGAUUUAGAUCGUAGCGAAAUAGCAAGGGUUGGUGAGGGUAAAAAAAUAUAUCUCCUUGAAUAUGUAACCGAAGAACAGCUUAUUGUAGUGCUUAGUGGAAAACAACGUCACGUCAGGUUGGUGCCAGUACGUGCAUUAGAUGGAGAUGAGGUUGAAUGGAUUAAAGUUGCUGAAACGAAAGGAUGUAUAACACUAACGACGGGCGUAGUACGUCGUAAUCCACUCACGUACUGUUUGUGUGUUGCUAUGAAAAAGCAGAAUUCUUCUCAAGUUAUCAUUUAUGAGAUAACACGUACAAAGGCAAGACAUAAACGUAUUCGUGAAUUAAUGUUACCAUGUCACGCACAAACUUUACAAGUUCUUUCUGAAGGACGUCUUUGCGUUGGAUAUCCUUCUGGCUUUACUAUCUACAGCAUCUUAGGAGACCAUCACCCUAUAUCAUUGGUCCAUCCGGAGAAUACACUUUUAGGAUUUCUAACAUAUAGUGCUGUAGAUGCAUUACGCUGUAUCGAAUUAACACGUGGAGAAUUUUUGUUGGUCUUCCAUACACUAGCAGUAUAUGUUGACAGUCAGGGUAGAAAAAGUAGGGAUCGAGAAAUAAUGUAUCCAGCUGUUCCCACAGCAGUCAGUUAUUGCGAGGGAUAUUUAUUAGUAUAUAGCGAAACUCACAUCGAUGUAUUUGAUUGUACAACAGGAGAUUGGUUACAAACGCUCAAUGUGAAAAGAGCACAGCCCUUAAAUAUCUCUGGCUCUUUAACAUCUUGCAUUAUCAAUGAUAUGCCACACGUUAUUUAUCUCAGCAAUUUACAUCAACGAGAAUUAUUAAAUUUGACGCCAUUAGACGCGAACGGUAGGCAGAUGACAAGACCUAGAAGAAGAUUUUCAUUAAGAGAAGGAAAUAGAGCUGUUCGUCCUACUGAUAGACGUUCGAAGAUGAUAUCUGCUCCUACAAAUUUUAAUCAUAUUAGUCAUAUGGGACCAGGUAAUGGUAUACAGAUUCAGCGUUUGUUAGAUCUACCAACGACUCUUGAAACAGCUGAUCAACAACAUUCUGCCCACCAUAGUAGCGCUCAUAUACAUGGCAGUCAACAACGAUUAUACGGCUCUACUUUACAAACACCAAGUAAACCAGCUCCGUUGCCACCUAGGCAUCCACCUUCUGAUACACGACGAUUAAGUUCUCACAUGACACGAAAUUCUGGUUAUUCACCCCAUAACGGUUCAACAUCAUCGCGUAGAGGUCCCGCUCCACCACGUCCUACUGCUACUCCACCUUCUCUACCACGUACACCGGUUGAUCAAGUUGAUACAGAAUCUAUACAUUUACGUUCGCACACUCCGCUCUCUCUAGGCAGUAUUGCAUCUUUACAUGAUAAAGAUCACCCGUCUGGUGGAAGUCCUAGACAUUCAAUUGCUUCUAACAAUAGUUCGAAUCCAUCGACACCUCCAAGUCCUGCUCAUGAUCAUGGGUCAUCAUCGUACGAUUCUUAAACGGACUUAACAUUGAAAAAAAUUACUUGUUAUAAGAUUUGGGGUGUAUAUCCUCAUCAUGUAUACACUACCUAAGAGAUAAGUUAUUGAUAUUCACAAUAUCUUUUAUAAGAAGCAGUACUCGCAUUUGAUCAUUUCAUUAGAAAGUUAUUGCAGUUUUCUUAAUACACUAGUGCAAUAAAUUUUAUUCAAUUAUUAUAUUAAGAAUAUAAUUACAAAAAAGAAAAGCUUUAUAAACUUACGUAUUGAAACAUUCGAUAGAUUUGAGUUCGAACUCAACCAUUAUUCCAGAUCUGAAUAGAAAGAUAAUUGAUUUAUCUUUUAAGUGAACUGUAAUAACUUUCUGUUAUUCAAGAAAUUGUGUAAUAAGUUAUACUUAAUGAAAGAAAAAAAAAGAACACUUUAUUAUUAUAUGACAGUAAAUUAUUGUACAUAAUUUAUGCAUUUGAGAGGAUCGUCAAGUCGACUUUGCGAUGCCAUAAUUUUAUUGGAGUUAGUAGGUAUCGUAAUAUAUAAUCCGAUAUAUGAAGUCUUCGUUUAAUUUUAGUUUCAAAUAUUUAGUAUAUAUUUUACUUCGUCCCUUUUUUUUUUAUCCACGACCGUCAAGCGAGAGUGUCUUUUUUAUAUUAACGGAAUUUGAAAUCUCAGUCAAAUUAUGUAGCAAUAACGAAAAAAAAAAAAAACAA